UUCUUUGCCGGGAGAGGAUGACAGCGCAGUAGCAGUAGUCGAAAGUUCGUCUGCUCAUUCGCAGUCAGUAGCUAACCGUAGGUCGACGCAUCCGCGAGUGAAAACGAUUCUCGACCAUUCUUAACCUAGAUAACACCGCUUCUCCGACUGGCGGUCUGAUCAUCGAACAAUCACCGACUCUGUGAACCCCCUUGGCUGUCGUCAUUCCCCCGGCUUCCAUCAUGAGGGGACACGGCAUCACAGUUUUCGUGGAAGAUGAUCCACAAGAAAUGCAUUCUCAUCAGGGAUUUCUACCAACCCCUCCUCUCACUCCCACCAGUCCAUCCAGCAGCCAAUACGGCAGAUCCCCUUCACCUCCAUCCUCAUCCUCCUCCUCCAGAGAUGAUUAUUCCAUUUCACCUCCCAUCCUGCAACCUCUCAAACCAGCACCCAUAGUUCCUAUUCAACCUCAUCUGGGAUCUGCCUUCACCGCCUAUCCUAAAAAUAUCCUGGCCCAGAGGAGAAGACCCAGGAAAAAGUUCGAUUUCACGAGACUGGCUGAAUCCGCCAAUCAAGCUAGUGAUGAUGAAAGCGACAACGAGCCGCCACCCCUUGUCCUGCCGUUGGAAGGCGGCAUGAUUCACCGACAAUUGGUUCUACCCGUUCACUAUCCACCAUCCCAUCACCAAAUUCCACACCAAAAAGCACCACAGCAUCCUUCCUUCUUCCACCUCUUCAGUCACCCCCUGGAGGAUCAGCAAUCGAAUCAUCCAGCUUCCAGAAGUGCUAGUCUAUUGGAGAGAAGGUUCUUCAGGUCCAGAGUGUCCAGCAGACCAAAGAAAGAAUUCAUCUGCAAAUUCUGCCAAAGAAGAUUCACCAAAUCCUACAACCUGUUGAUCCACGAGAGGACCCACACGGACGAGAGACCCUACACGUGUGACAUCUGUCAGAAGGCCUUCAGGAGGCAAGACCACCUCAGAGAUCACAGGUAUAUUCACUCGAAGGAGAAACCCUUCAAGUGCACGGAAUGUGGCAAGGGGUUCUGUCAGUCGAGGACGCUGGCAGUGCACAGGAUCCUGCACAUGGAGGACUCCCCCCACAAGUGUCCCACAUGUGGACGCACAUUCAACCAGAGGAGCAACCUCAAGACCCACCUCCUCACACACACAGACAUCAAACCCUACAACUGUGACUCCUGCGGAAAAGUCUUCAGGAGGAACUGCGACCUCAGGAGGCACACGCUGACCCACACACUCAUGAAUGAGGGUUUAAUAGCUACCGGUAGUUCAUCAGACCCUGAGACCAGUUGUAACAAUAUCCCAUUGAAUUUGGUGAGGCCAAGCUGAGAAUCGAACCUGGGAUCUCAAACUCUGUUACCAAACUCAAUACCAUUGAGCUGCUCUCUCAAAGACUUGGAAAGAUGGUGUGCAUAAUAAGUGUUUCAGAGACAUUGUAUGAGCCACAAACUUUCAAUGAGAAUCUUUUCGAAGCUUAUCCGUUGUUCUAUCCAAAAUAGUAAAUAUGAAGUCUUUAUAACUGCUUCUAAAUUUUCUCUGCAACUGUCGUUGAUCGACAAAAUACUAUAUUCACUGUUUGUAAAUAGAAUAGGUGUCUUAAAUUUACAAGAUUUUUCCACUUGUCACAUUUUCUUCUCUCCGUUGCCAGGGCUACGGAAAAUCUUUUUUUUUUUUUUCCCCACGGCAAUACAUUUUAAGUUAGAAUUCGGAAUAUACUGGCGGAGGAAGAAAAAAAGGAGCAAGAUUUGAGGUUACCAUGGUAACGGAGAGAGUAAAAGUGUGGUGAGUUGUGAAAUCGCUUUGUUUUGAGAAGCUUAUUUCGUUUACAAAGAGUUUAGAAUUACCUCAUUGUUUUUUUCUUUCGAGUGUCCGAAUUUUUCCAUUCUGUUCUGUAUGCAAAUUUAAUUAAGUUCCAUUAUGUGACAGAAUCUAACGAAACGGAAUAUAUUUGUUUAUUUUAUAUAAUUUAUUAUUUAAGUGACAAAACAUAACAACACGAAACAAAUAAGGCUUAUUCUUUGUCCAAGUGAUAAGAAAAUUCAGGCUCUGUUAGAGAUCGAAGUAACGAAGAUUGAAGUUUUUUGACAAAAUUUUCUGUGUAUAAAUUUUUUGACGAAAUUUGUGUGUGUCAUUCUGAUACAAUUUUUCAAUGAAAAUUUUCAUCUCAUGACCAGUGAAUAAUGACAUGAUGCUGUUACGUAAACAGGGUUCGGCACUUAAUUGAAAUUGUAACAUAUAAUUGGAAUUGUGACAUAUUCUUUAAGCAGUUUGUUGCUCUUCAUUUUUUUUUAUAAUGACACAAAUUUAAGUUCAUUUUAUUUUUUAUAUUUACAAAAAAAAUUAUAUAUAUAUAAAGUUUUUAUUUAAUGAAAUGGUCAAUUGAAAAAUGCGUUUCAGCCUAAUCGAAAAUGUAUCUAGUAUCAACCUAACACUUUUUAUGCAUUUUACAACUAGCCUGAAUAAUUUUAGGCUAAUGAGCAAAUACACAAUAAGCUUGAUUUAUUUUAAUGAGCCUUAAAAAAGUCAGAUUGUUUUUCCAUCCAGGUAGCAAAGUGACAUUUACGAAAAGCUGGAUUUUUCAAUUAGUUGAUAAUUAGUGAAAUAGUAUAGAUUUAUUUGUAUGAUUUUAUUAAAAUGUGUUUACACUUAUUUCGAGUGAAUUAAAAAGAAAUGUAAUGAUUUCUACACUACCUCUUUUUUGUAUAUAGUGUUUUAACACUGUAAUGGUUAUUCCACAGUCAUGCUCGGUGUUACAGUGUUAUUGUAAAUAUAGUAUUUGUUUAGACCUUUCGUUCAAUUAUAUUGUCAUGUUAUAUAAAUAAAGAAUGAAUUGAUUGUAAAA